GGAGGUCACUAACACACACACACACUCACGCCUCUCCGAAACCCCGCCCACAAACACUCGACGCACAUGCGCAGUGCCCACAGCGUCUUCUCGGCUCCCCCCAUUACUUCAGAGACUGGCCCCUAUCGCCUGGCCUAUAGGAGACAGUAGAGAGCGGCCAGGGGGCGGCCGUGCGGGGCGUGCUGGGGAUUGUAAGAGGCGUGACCCGCUGGUGUCAGAGCCGGGGAGCUGUACCUGCAUAUAUACAUAGCAGCUGUGGUGUGUGACUCCUCCUGCGCCCUGCUUCCUUAUACAUAGAAGUGGACAUUAGGGGGUUCCGGCAGUGUCCCCCAACUACUCCUCCAUUGUGUCACACACUAUUCCCUGUGAGCCUGGGGAACUUGCAGCCAAAACCCAACACCCAGCAGCAGCAGCAGCAGCUCAGCACCAUGUACACAGGCAGCAGCAGCAGCAGCAGCAAGAAGAAAAAGAUGUGGAGAGAAGAGAAAGAGCGUCUUCUGAGUAUGUCACAGGCUGAGAGGCGCAAAGAGCUCUGCAAGGAUUAUAUACCGCUGGACAGUGUUCCAUCGCUGCUAAAGGAAUUAAAGACACCAUGUGACGAUGAACAUCAAGAGAUUAGCGUCUUGUGUGAGAAAGUGUCACUUUACAAAGGAGACAUCACCCAACUAGAGGUUGAUGCCAUUGUAAAUGCUGCAAACUCAAGCCUUCUUGGCGGUGGCGGAGUGGACGGCUGUAUACAUAGAGCUUCGGGGCCAUUAUUGAGCGCUGAAUGUCGCACACUAGGAGGCUGUCCCACCGGUCAAGCGAAAAUCACUUGUGGGUAUGAACUGCCAGCGAAAUAUGUUAUUCACACUGUUGGUCCUAUAGCAAGAGGACAAUUAAGCGACAGCCACAAAGAGGACCUUGCGAAUUGCUACAAGUCUUCUCUCGCACUGGUAAAAGAGAAAAGCAUCAGAUCAAUAGCAUUUCCCUGCAUUUCUACUGGAAUAUACGGAUUUCCGAAUGAGCCAGCAGCUAUAAUAGCCUUGACCACUGCCAAAGAAUGGUUAAAGAAGAAUCGGGAAGAGAUAGAUCGCAUAAUCUUCUGCGUGUUUUUGGAAGUUGACUACAAAAUAUACAAAAAGAAAUUGACUGAGUUUUUCCUAAAAGAUGGAGAUGAUGACACUGAAGACGAUAAGAAAGAGGAGAGGAACCAAGUCAGCAAAAAGAUCAGCGAGGAUCUCAAAGGAACAGAUAAAAAUGCACAGUCACCUCCAACAAAGAAAUGUAAAGCCAAGAAGACAGAUAUGCAGGAAAAGCCUGAUGAUGCUGCAGAAGACCAGAAAGAACCUUCUCAAGAUGCAGAAAAUGUUGGUGACCGGAAGGAAGCAGCUACAGAUUCAAACACACAGGAAAUGAAAGAGACCAUUCAAGAUUCAGACGAUGAAUCUUGUGCACAGGCAGACAGCGCAGAGAAAUCGAAAGCAGAAAUUUCUGACUACAACGAAAAAUCAGGACAAAAUGAAAGCCCAUUACACACUAACGCGGACGUGGACAUGGCAGAAGCAUCUCAAGACCAAGAAGUUUCCAUGGAUAAAGAAAACAGAAAUGCAGAUGAAAUGAACAUUGAACCACAAGUUCAAAGCAGAGAUAUAACUAAGACCCUCUCUUCCUCCUUAGAAGAUGAACCAAAUGAACCAAACCAUGAAACUCAAGGGACCAUUCCAAUUGCUGAUCCAUGCAGUCAAGCAGAGUCUGAAGAAGUAUCUGAGGAUGUUCACAUGCUUAGUCAGAAUCUAGACAGACCAUGUGAUGAUGAAGAGGCCGAUACUGCUGCGCUAGAGAAAUAAGAAGAUAAAGGCGAACAAUGAACCGAGAAGACAGAUGAGAAUUUAUUCCAGUAGUAGAAGACAAGAUGUCGCUAGAUUGUUGCUUUCAGGGCUAAUGGUUGUAACAAUAGGGGUAUUACCUGAUUUCACUUUGAAUUAUCAUUUAAACAAUAUGAAUUUGAUGCAUUAUUUCCCUUCGGCUAUUGCUUUUAGGUUUAGGUCUUCCUUUUCUUUAAAAUGAUAAGCAAAAUCCAGGGUAAAAGAUUUCCUCUGGACCGUCCGUCAUAAAUUUCACUUUCUGAAGUUGAUGCUAAAGAUGAUGAUCUAUCUACUUUCGGCUUUAUUUCGGUUUUUCUUUUCAGAGUUUGCUCAGUGAGUUUACUCGGCCACACGUCAUUCAUCCUUGACAGAUCCAAUAAUGAGUAGAGGCAUCUUGUGAAAUAUCUAAUGCUUCAAUGGAUAAGCCUCAUGGGUUUCCUAAUGUGAUUUUUACUCCUUUUUAAGUUAAGUUAAAAAAAAAUCUGCUAAAUACAUGAAAACAAAUAAAAUGCACAAUUGUUUGAACUGCAA